AUGUGUUUGGAACGUGUUUAUGCUUUUCUUGGCCUUUUUGUGACAUCGCGGCGUGCUUUCGUGCGCGACGUUUGCUUUUCGUUGAUGGGCGGGUGGAUGGCCCUACAUGAACGAGAACUCCAAAAGAGAGGCAAAAAUUUCUUUUCUUCUCUCCUCGCACAAGAUAUCGAUUUGCUCAAUCCACCGGCGGCUCUCGAAGCUUCCAAGCACAAACUCAAACGCUUAGUACAAGGUCCGAAUAGCUUCUUCAUGGAUGUGAAAUGCCAAGGGUGCUUUUCCAUCACGACUGUGUUUUCGCAUUCUCAGACUGUGGUUUUGUGCGGCUCAUGCUCGGCGGUUUUGUGCCAGCCGACUGGCGGCAAAGCGCGCUUGACGGAAGGGUGCUCUUUCAGAAAGAAAACUGACUAA